ACGCGAGCGUUGGCGCGCUACGCCCGAACAGUUUUAACGGUUUAUAAACUACUAAAUCGAUACAGAACUGCUUUCGAGUGAAAGUGCCAGGAUGUUGUGAUCCACGUGCAGUGUUAAGUGUACAAUCGAUUAGAAUAGUGCGAUAACCAAAAUCGAUUAGCAAGUUAACACAGUGAUCGAGCAUCGAGACAUCGGAUGACGCGACGAUCCCAACAAAUAUCAAGCAUUAGUGUUGUGAACGUGCAUUUAUAUGUGUGUGUAAAGUGAUGCAGUGCAGUGUAACACAUUUACAAAUGAAGCGACGUAAACCGCUGUUUUUGACACGGUACAGUGAAUAGACAGCCAUGUUUCUGACAAGCGUCUGGGUGUUCUUAUCAGGAUGUUUUGUUAUAGUAUCAUCACAAGGCCCACCGGGCUUCAACCUGCCCGCCAUCAUGCAUGUCGACAGGAACUGGUACGUGACGCCAACGGAUCCUAUCGGCUACUUCGUGACCAGGGUGUACCGUGAAGGCAGUGGUGGUGGCACUGUGACCUAUGGCUUGGAGACUACAGGACCACCGGCGCCGUUCAAGAUAGACCCCCAUUCGGGCGUAGUGACCGUGAAUGAUACUCUUGUUGAUAAGGAGAACCGAUCCUACUCGCUCUGGGUGACAGCAUACGACGGCUCCAUACCACAGAAGACAGAAGUCUACGCCACAGUCUCCGACAAAUCGGGGCAACGCCCCAAGUUACCCCACCCACCAACACUACCCUUCCCCGCCUACCACAACAUACCUUUACAACCAAAGUUCACGAGGACAACUCAAAGCACAACCAAAGCAACCAACAUUUAUGUAACAGUACCUGAAACAACCACUACACUCACUACUCUAAGUCCCCCGAAUCCUCCUGAUGAUACCCCGGGAGGAGAAAGUAUAGUACAUUAUGAUGUUGGUACUACUAGCACAGAAGCUCCUAAUAAGAAUCCUACGACUAAUGAAAUGCCUCUAACUGUGAUUCCCCUGGUUGCUAUCGGGGGACUUGUGGUCAUAGUUGCAGUUGUGAUCCUGUUUGUAUGCAAGAAGAAUAAUGCUACGAAGAAGGAUAGCAAGAAAGACGAUAUGAGUAAAGACUCAAGUGGAAUAGUCCUACAAGACGCGUCACUCAAUAUGUGGGACCAUCCGCGAGCGUACUCAAACCGAUACGAAUCUUGGGAUAAUAGUCAUUUGCAGUUAUCAGAAGAGACAUCAAUAUCUAAAGAAGAUCAGCCGCCUGACAAGUGGGAGUUCCCGCGACAUAAGCUGAGAAUCUUCAACAUCGUUGGAGAAGGCGCUUUCGGUCAAGUGUGGAGAGCACAGGCCUUGGAUAUUGCUGGCAAAAAAGGCGAACAAACAGUAGCUGUGAAAACUCUCAAAGAAAAUGCUUCAGAAAAAGAAAAAAUAGAUCUACUACAAGAACUCUUAGUUAUGAAGAAUUUGGGAACCCAUCCUAAUGUUGUGCAGUUGAUUGGCUGUUGUACAGAAAAGGAACCAACCCUAGUUAUAAUGGAGUUCGUGAGCCUGGGCAAGCUGCAGCAGUUUCUCCGGGACUCUCGAGCUGAGCGUCAUUACGGGAACACGCAUGGGAGCCAGUUCUUGACGUCACAAGACCUUACGAAGUUCGCCUUCCAAGUAGCUAGGGGCAUGGACUUCCUUAGUUUACAAGGAAUUAUCCACCGAGACUUAGCAGCGAGAAACGUACUGAUCACAGAAGACAGGGUGUGUAAAGUCGCCGACUUCGGCUUCGCUAGAGAUGUGGCCGACACUCACGUAUAUGAAAGAAAGAGCGAUGGGAGAUUGCCUAUCAGAUGGAUGGCACCAGAAUCUCUGUACGACAAUAUAUUUAGCGUUAAGUCCGACAUAUGGAGCUUCGGCAUCCUGCUGUGGGAGAUCGUAACUCUCGGCUCCACUCCUUACCCAGGGUUAUCAGCUAAUGACGUCAUGAAGAAGGUAAUCGAAGGCUACCGUCUCGAGAAACCCGAACACUGUCAUCGGGAACUCUACAACAUAAUGUACUACUGCUGGGAGGCCGAACCGAAAGACCGACCAGACUUUGCAGACAUAGUGGCGAGACUGGAACCGCUUAUCAACAAAGACAUGGACUAUAUACAACUGGAAAGGUUCCCAGAUCAUUCUUAUUAUAAUCUACAGCACUUGGAUGGGGAAAAACUAUGAUAUUUUUUGAGGAUUGCAUUCUAUUUUUAAGUCUUAAAAUUGUUUUUUUUUUUGGUUAGACCGUUGUAAAAAUUUAUGAAUUGAUUUUUGAUAGCUGUUGCCCAUUAAGUAUUGUAUAACAAAAUUAAGGGCAGUUCCACAGGCAAAUUCUUAACACUAUUUGCUGAUAAUAUGAAAAUAUUUUAAAAAGCCUGCAUCACUUUAUAAUAUUCUCUAAAAGCAAACGUAUCUAAUGGCCGUGUAUGAUAUUUUUUAGCAGCUAGAAAAUUCUUGAUAGACACUAAUGUAAAUCAAAUUAUUUAUUUUUAAUUGUAAACGAACAAAGAAAUAAGUGCGACAUGAAAUGUACAUUAAAACACAAUGAUAUUGUUUUAAUUAUUUGUAUUAUAUUGUGCAUUAUUUAGACUAAUUAUUAAUACAAUUAUUUAUAAAUACAUUGUUUUAAAAGUAUGGGUUAUAAUGUAAAUAUCUUUUGAAUAUUACUCACGCUUAAAAAUUUCAAAUGUGUUUUACAGCAAACUUGGGUACUUAAUUGCAAAAGUUGGCGUAACAUUUCGAAAAUUCAACUCAUUUAUUUAAUUUAAAAAUAAUAGGCACAUACUCAUUACAAAUGAGUUAUGCAAAUGAAAAACGAAAGAUGCAAAAUUUUCGAAAAAUCUGAGAUUAAAAAUACUUUUUAAUGAUUGCAAUAAUAAAUGUAAGUUAUUUUAGUUCUUUUUUUUCACAUAGACUAGUCUUUAGAAUAUCAUAAUGAUUGUAAUUGUAACUUAAGAAUAAUGGUCCUAUAUUAAAUGUACAGUAAACUUAAAAUAAGUAAACAUACGAUUUGUAUAAUAAAUGUUUUGUUGUAA